AGUUCACCUUCCUGCUAUGGCUUUCAGGUCUGUCCUGGACUACUUACUCCAGUAUAAAACUGAGAGCAGAAAUAUGAUCACAUCCUGAGGAGUCUAAUCAAUUCUGGUUUCAACACUGAGCCUAUUUAAAAUAGAGAAUGGAAUUGCUGCUCCUUGCUCUGCUCUCCCUGCACAUUCUCAAGACAGAGGCAGUAGUGGGAGGCCACUGGUGCUAUCGGUCCCAGAAGUGUGAGCUGCCACAGUGUGAAGAUCCUCUUCAAUGGCAUCAGAUAAACAGGGCCUGCAAAGGCAGCAAACAGUCCCCUGUGAACAUUGUCACCCGAAAUGUGGUUUAUGACAAGAGCCUCAAGCCCCUGACUUUUGAAGGGUAUGAUGUGAAGGGGUCUGCCAAGUGGGACGUGGAAAAUAAUGGCCACACAGUUAAAGUGACACUAAACGCAUCCCCUAAAGUCGGAGGAGGAGGUCUGGGGAGAAAAUACAAGGCAGUAGAAUUCCAUUUGCACUGGGGAGUCCCAGGUGAGCCACAAAGCAUCCCUGGCUCAGAGCACAGCAUAGAUGGAGAGAAAUACCCCAUGGAGCUUCACAUCGUCCACAUAAGAGAAGAUGUUUCAGAUGUGACAGAAGCCAAGAAAACUCCAGAUGGUUUGGCUGUGUUGGCCUUCUUUGUAAAGGCUGACGAAGAAAAUAAAAACUAUGCAACUCUGUUAAGUGAAUUAGAGAAUAUUAAAUACAAAGGGCAAUCAGCACAGAUAGAUCCUUUGCCACUGAGUUCUCUUCUCCCACCUGAGGAAGACCUUGGGAGGUACUAUCGGUAUGAGGGGUCCCUCACCACCCCUGACUGCUACGAGGGCGUCAUCUGGACGAUAUUUGAGAAGCCAGUUGAGCUCAGCCUGCCCCAGCUGUCCCAGUUCUCAGCACUGCACUUUGAUGGGAAGAACUCCACUCCCAUGAUGGAGAAUUUCCGGCCGGCGCAGCCCCUGCAGGACCGCAAGGUGCUCUGGUCCAGUGCCAGCAUCCCCCUGCCCACGGCAAAGCUGCUGCUGCUGCUGCCUCUGCUCUGCACCCUGAGCUCUCUGGCGCACUGAGCCUUUCUCACCUCAUUCAGCAUCCUGGUCCUUCAUCUGAUGUUAUUUUUGCUGUUCUCAGUUCUUUGUCUCAGCCUCUCAUGAAUUGUGUCCCAACACAGAAUAACCUUGUCCUCCUCCAGACAUUAACCAAGGACUUCUGUGCUGCUCUGGUGAAACCCAAACCAUCAGAACUCAAAGGAACUGUGAGAUAAAGCAAUGAAAAAUUCAGUUUUAAAAGCCAAAACACUUAGAGAAAGCCUUAGGCUGGAUUAUCCUGUAGUUUUAACCCAGCACUGGAAGGAGCUGCACAGAGAACCUUCGGGAGGAAUCUGCUCUUAAGUGCCUGUGAAGGGUUGGUUUGGAGCAUGUUUACAUUCAACACUGCAGAUCUGACAGGGAAAUGUGGAGCAAUUCCUAUAAUCCCACAUUGUCCUACCUGAAGGUACAACACAGAGCAAAGAUGAAAUGCUCACACACAGCUGAGCAGCAUCUGCCUCAUCCCUUCUAGGGAAGGGCACUCACCCAACACUUCAAUCCCUCCUCCUUCCUUCAGAAUAUCUCAGCUCAUUUCAGAUAGGGACACUGGGUUCCUUUCACCUGAUCUGACUGGGGCUAUCAGGUUCCUCUGUUAUUUAUUCAUCCUUCUCUGGGAUGCCAUGGCCAAUGUGAUGUGCUGGGAAGCAACAGGGAGGCUCAUCCCCACCUACCAGAGGCACAUCUGUGGAAAUUCCCUCUCUUUGGAGGGCUGCUUUUGAAGCAGGAGACUCUGAGGAUCCUUUAUAGUUCUUAUUUGCCUAAUAAAAUAGGACAGUUCAAGAAAUGGCUCUUUCUUAUAUAUACAUAUAUAUAUAUUUCUUUUAUAUAUAGAAUUUUUUAUAGUAGCAUACCUGCAAUAUUCACAUAAGGUCAAGAUUCAUAGUUUUUUCCAAGAAGGUUGUGAUUUGCACCAAUUCCUUCAGAUCUUACCCAGUGACUUAUAGAAAAUACCUUGGGAAAUGGGGUUUCCUUAUAUUAUUCCAGUUUUCUCUCUGAAGGGGGAUAUAACAUUUCUCUUUGGCUAGGGCCAUAUAACAUGUUACAGCUUCUUUUAGGAUUUUAGAUUUUGGCCAAAUUGAAAUAGGAUUUCAUAUUAGCAGACUUGUAUUUUUUUUUUUUUCUUUAAGGGCAAUGUUUGCAGAGAUGACUUUAUAUAUUUUCAGGAAAAUCCUGGCAGUGAGAGCAACCACAGCUCACCAAAGUGGGGGGAAAUUAUUUUCAUAUUAAUCAAUCAUAAAAGCUUUAAAAACCCCCCAACAUGGGAAAGCAAAUGAAUGUAUUCAAGUUUAAAUGAAAGAUUAAUACUUUAACUGUAUUUUUAUGUAAUUGAAAAUCUUUGGAGGAGCAAACAGAAAUGAAAUAUUAAAGGUGAACAACAGACCUAUA